CCAAAAAAAAAGUAAAAAUGGGAUUACAUGUCUUUUGGCCGGCGAGUGCUUGCUUGACUCUCUUCGUUGUUGGAGUCAUAAUGGUAUUAUUAAAGCAUGGACCGAGAUUUUGCAAAACGCGAAAUGUCGCUUUUCCCUCCGACGAGGAAUGGGAAGAAAAGACAUAUUCACGAAAAAUCUCCGUCUCUAUGGCUUGAAAAUGAAAUUAAAAAAAAACUUUUUCAAACUUUUUUAUACAGUGGAAAUUUUAACUUUUGAAACAUGUUUCUAUUUUUUAUCUUGAGCAUUUCGUUUAAGUAUUUUUUUAAUGAAACACUU